UUCGUACGUUUGUAAACAACAUGGCGGCUAUUCGAGUGGCCCUGCUGGUUCACUGAUAACACUGGCCGAGCUGUCACAGCUUCAGCUCUCCUGGCGAACACGUCCACUGUCGGACCGCGUCUCACCGAUGACAAACUGCUCUGUUGUCCCACAAACACACAGAGCUGGACCGACGUGCCACCGAGAAGGUCGUUUGACUGUCAGAAGGUCUCCUUCAGUCUAUGGGCUCUCAGUCCAGUUCUGGGAUGUCUGGUGGCAGGAACUCCAUCAGUGACAACCCAGCUGAGCAGCCUGAAGCAGGAGAACCCAACAGAAGCCGCAGGACGGCGGACAGACAGUCAGCAGCAGCAGAGGAGGACGUCGACUUAGCUGAAGUACUGGCUUAUCUACUGAGGAGGGGCCAGGUCAGACUGGUCCAUGGCAGUGGAGCCACAGGGCUGCAGCUGGUCCAGUCAUACUCUGACUCUGAUGAGGACAGUGAUGGAGCCUGGGAAGGUCGGCUGGGUGACCGCUACAACCCACCAGUGGACACCCAGCCGGACACGCUCGAAGUGGACCAAAGUGAGAUCAGAACUCAGAUCCUUCUGGCCACAGCGUCAUCUUCCCUGAAAGGCCGACGCAGUUUCACCAACAUGCUAACAGAGAGGGAAUUAGGCAGAUGUAGAGGCUCCAGCUUCUCUCAUGGGGAGUGUAGUCGUAUACGCACACAUUAUUUACCAAACUAUGUGUCAUGCAAGGACACAUACCAGCAGAAAGCCUUCUGUGGAGUGUACAGUGAGGAUGGCAACAUGUUCCUCUCUGCCUGCCAAGACCAAAACAUCCGCCUGUACGACACCAGCAAGGGGCGUUUUAAGUUACUGCGAACAGUCAAGGCUCGAGAUGUUGGCUGGAGUGUGCUCGACGUUUGCUUCACUCCUGAUUCUCAACAUCUUCUCUACUCCAGCUGGUCUGACUAUAUUCAUUUGUGCAGUAUAGAUGGAGACAGUGAAAACCACCAGGCCCUGGACCUCAAUCCAGAUGAGAGGAGGUUCUGUGUGUUUUCCCUGACUGCAUCCACAGAUGGCAAAGAGAUCCUGGGAGGUGCAAACGAUGGCUGCCUUUAUGUUUUUGAUCUUGAGCAGAAUAAACGAACAUUGAAGAUCGAUGCCCAUGAGGAUGAUGUGAACACUGUCGCGUUCGCUGACGGCUCGUCCCAGCUGCUUUUUUCUGGCAGCGACGACGCAGUGUGCAAGGUGUGGGACAGACGGACGCUGCGGGAGGACAGACCUCAGCCUGUCGGACAGCUGGCUGGACACAGAGACGGCAUUACCUUCAUCCACAGCAAGGGUGAUGCUCGCUAUCUGAUCAGCAACUCCAAGGACCAGUGCAUCAAGCUCUGGGACAUCAGGAAGUUCUCACCCAAAGAGGGCUUGGCAGCGUCCCGUGUGGCUGUAACUCAUCAAAACUGGGAUUACCGCUGGCAGCAGGUUCCUCAGAGAGCUCUGAAGAAACACAAGCUGACUGGCGACACAUCGGUGAUGACCUACCGGGGUCACGGCGUUCUCCACACCCUCAUCCGCUGCCGCUUCUCACCAGAGUUCAGCACAGGGCAGAGGUUCAUCUACUCUGGCUGUUCCACAGGGAAAAUCAUCAUUUAUGAUGUACUGACAGGCUGCGUGGUCUCCAGACUGUCUGGCCAUGAUGCCUGCGUGAGGGACGUCAGCUGGCACCCGUACGAGGACAACAUCAUGAGCAGCUCUUGGGACGGAGCGGUCCGAAUGUGGGAGCACAGACAAACACAUCCUUUAGACGAGGAGAGGGAGAGGGACAAAGACUGACGGCCAGAGAAAAGAGACGAGAUGUCAGAGGAAGAGAGCAGUGCAAACAGAGGAAGACAUUAAGCCCAGAAGGUCUGGGAGAGACUUCAAUUACUAUUCAAAUCAAUGCUGGAUAUUAAUGAUCAUAAUUAUAAACCCAAUUGUGCUCAGUUGAAAGACAUAGCCUUGAGAUCAGAGCACAUGUAGACGGACAACGUUUUUUUGUUUUGUUUGUAUCUUUUUCUUUUAUUCAAAGGUUUUUAUUUGGUCUGAAAUUAACAAAAAAAAAAGUGCUGAAGCUAAAAAAAAGCUCAGAACUACUUAGUAAUGAUAUGCUAGUCCAUAUAAGAAUCAAUGUUGGACAUGGCAGGGAAUCUGCGGAUGAUUGUGUACAAAUGUAUAGUAUUUUAAUGAUGUGUUGUGUUCAGGGAGUGUCUUUAGAUUGUUGUUGGCGUGCUGAUGUGAAUUUCAGGGGCUGUCAUAUUCACAUUUAAAGAUAUACAAAACAAAAAGAAAGAAAACAGCCCAGUGCUUUAUUUGCCAAACACUAAAGCUGUUAUCGUGUAGAUUUGUUGAGUUUCCCCCACUGACUUCCUCUUGCUCAGCUCUGUUUGCUGACCAGGUUUGUCCACACACUGUUAGUAUAACUGUCCCGUCUCUCAAUAAUGUUCACGUGACGUCUCAGGUCUGAAGAAACUCCUGGCCUGAAGUAGACUUAUCCUGCAUCAGCACUCAACUCUGUAAAUACAAGCCCUGAGCCAAUAAUAAUAAUUAAAAUAAGUUAAUAUUGUCAGUUGUUUAGUCACAAAGACAAAAGUAAAGAACUGCAGCUGGGUGAGGAUCUGUUCAUGCAAUUUUCAGGUGCUUCUAUCAAAGCCAGAAUCUCUCUCAGAUUAUUUUACAGUUGCAAUAAAUUCUUUAUUUACAUAUUCCACAAGGAAAUGGUAAUAAAAAUCACUUUCAAGCUUUA